AUGGCCAAACCCAUUUCAAUGUUAAUUCAACUAUAUCUCCAAAGAGUAAUUUUCUAUUUGAAUAAUAAUCUGCCACUUCUAUUAAGAAUGUAUUAGAUCAUAAAUGUAAAUAAAUAUACUUUAUAGUGCAAAAGAGUACUGGUAUUGUUAUUAAAAUAGAACCUAACCAUCCAACUUUAUUAGCUGCAAAAGGAAAUGUAAUAGCUCCUAUUCCAAUUAUUGA